UGUUGUUGUCCUUUCUUGUUACAGUAGCUUGGUAGAUAACAGAUGAUUGGAGGCAGUUUCCGUCAAGGGGGCACGCGUUCUUUUGUCUGCAGUUGCAUGUUUUGUUAUUGGCGGUGGCGAGGGAGGUAGGGGCGUCUUCGGUUGUUAUUGAUGAGGCGAUUAUGAGUUUGUUGUGGCUGUCAAUUAUCUGCUUGGUGUUGCUCAUGCAGCUAUAACUGAUUUUGAUUGUGUUCCGGUUGAAGAUUUUUCUGAGUUUGUGGUCUUUAGGGAAGUGCUUGUCUAUGAGUGAGAGGAAUCUGUGGCCGAUGUUGGUGCUUGUGUUCUUGCUAAAAGGGGGGUUGUACCAGAUGAUGUUGUUGAGCUGGCGGUUCUUGCGUUUGCUUGUGGUGUUUGGUUCGUAGUGCAGCGUGUAGUUAUAUCCACUUUCGUCGAGUGCUUUCUGGUAAAAAAAAGUGCUCGGUCUUUUCGAUGAGGCGUUGAAGGUAGUCCAUUAUGGGUAGCCGUAGAGUGCUCGACAAGCUGAAACUAUGGUAAUGCGUGAGUGCGUGGGUAGCCGUAGAGUGCUCGACAAGCUGAAGCUAUGAUAAUGCAAAGAAAACAAAAACAUCGCGACAAAACUAGGAAUCGACGAUAGAAUGGACACCACCGCCAACAAACAAGCAUUUAUAACACUCAAAGACCACAAACCGAACUUCGCUAAUAAACCGACCUGCAGACUCAUCAACCCUACCAAGUCCGAAAUAGGCAAGAUCAGGAAAAGUAUCCUCUACCGCAUCAACACCACCAUCGCAACAAAACGUAACUUUCACCAAUGGAAAAGCACUAAAGCCGUAAUUUACUGGUUCACAUCAACAAAAAACAAGACAGCAUCCAACUUUAUAUGUUUCGACAUAGUGGAAUCCAACAGCCAAGAACUCCUAAACAAAGCCCUCGACUUCGCCGCUGACUACGACUGCAUCACCGCUGAAGAAAAAAACAUCAUAACCCACGCCAAGAGAUCUAUCCUAGUCCACAACUAAACACCCUGGCCAUAAAAAAGGCAACCCGACAUUCGACGUGACAAUGGGAAGCUAUACGACGGCGCCGAAACAUGCGAACUUGUAGGCAACUUCCUCCUCUCCCAACUCCAAGACUUUGAAAUUGAAUCGGAUUGGGUCGGUAUUCAUAAGGUAGUGCACCAACAGUAAGUAGAGUUCCGCAGCCGAUACUCUAGUAAAGUAUUGAUAGUAAGCUUUGACUGGCAAAAUACCUCUUUUUAUCUCAGUCUUUAAAAUGGAUAUAUUUAUUUAUUUUUUUGUAUUUUGUUCUUAUAGAUAAGAUAGUCUAAGUGCCAAAAAUGGCGUCCUUGCUCUUUAGAUAGAGUAAUAGUAGUUUACAGUAGAGGGCAUUUCUAAGUAUUCCUUUUACAUGUUUACAACACCUUGAAUUUUUAAGACUUGUCACGAUAGUUCAAUUAAUGAAAGAUCACUAAACAAAUAGGGUAAAUGGAUUCUCAAGUAACGUUCAAUUAAUAUUGAUCUUAGAACACAAAUUUAGCCCAUUUUUAUGCAAAGAAACAUUUUCUAUUCCCAUUUCGAAAAAGCGAUUGUUAUUUUUGUUUGUAUAGUGGUAGAAAUGUAAUUGUACAUUCGAGUAAGUACAUACUUAUUAACAUUCUAAAAAGUAAUCCAUGUGUCAUAGGCUACAAGGUGCUUGGCUGGAUGGGGACUUCUAUUGGUUUUAAGUAUACAGUUAAGGGACCGUUUAAUUAGAGUAAGGCUUUAAUUAUCAUGUACACCACAUAUUCCUCUGACAUCGGGAUUUGCAUUGUGUCAUUCCUACAAGAAUACUACAAGGAUUUUCUUUUCUGCAUUAAGUGUGUAAUCACAUGAAGCUGUACUCAAGUAGCGAUAAAAACUUUUCUUCCCAAACAUUUUAAUCAUUGGGGCUGUAUACAUUUUUCCAAAAAUGCGAGGCAUUAAUAUAAAAACGCAAGGAUAAUUUUUUUGAUUUUUUGUUUCCAUGCAGGUGUUUAUACUUAUAAGACGAAAGAGUCAAUCCAUGUACUGUAUUGUCAUGCUAAUUUCUCACUAGGGGGAUAAGAUAGCAUACCUCGACCCAAUCACCGAUCAAUAGCAAAUGUGAAUAUGCUCAAUUUAUUCGUAAAUGGCCUCCUUAGAGUACCAUAACGGUCAUAAAUGUAAUAGAAGGAGUUAGGAAAGGAUUUUUAAAAAAGAGCCAAUUGUUUUAAGUAGGGUUGGUUAAAGAAAAGAACUCUGGGUAAAGCAGCUCCGCGGUCAGUGGAAUCCCUCACAGGGCCAGAAAAAAAGCAAGUUUCGCAUUGGGACGGUAGCCAUGAUUGUGUCAUUGAUAUUGGUUCUCCCAAUGGUUCUACAAGCCUCAGCCGUGGGGAAACCCGCGCGUACAAACGGCGAGCUACAGUGUCCAAAAUCAAAGACAGUUACGUUACAUUGGCUACCUUACGGACGCGAUAUCUAUAUGAACAAAACAAGUGGGAAUGCUACAGGAAAGCUGGCAGAGUUUCUUGAAUACGCGCUUAAAUUCUGCUGUCCAACAUUGAAAUUCAAUUACUCUCCAAUGAAAGUCGAAUCUUCUAAAGAUAUUGAGUUGAGUAUAAGAAAUGACAAAAGCGUCGAACUGUCCCUCUACUUUCCUGUCUUUGCCAAUAAGUACCAAAAAGAGAAAUAUCAAAGGCCGUUUAUAGGAAUCUUCGACUCUCCCGGGCCUAUAAUAUUCGUCAAUGAGAAAAGCCCCAAAAAUGGAGCGGUUUUCACCGCUAUGACCAAAUCCUGGCAGAUCCCGGCGUUGUGUGUUCUACUUGCUGCUAUUUCAGGAGUCAUUCUAUGGUUUCUGGACCACAAAAACAACAAGAAAGAAUUUCCGCAAGAAUUCCAUCGGGGUUCCUGUGUAGGACUAUGGUGGGCGUUCGUUACCAUGACAACCGUAGGGUAUGGAGACAUAGCGCCAAAAUCCUUCCAAGGACGGCUUUUCGCGGUCUUGUGGAUGAUCAUCGGUACAAUCGCACUCACACUCUUCAACGCCCAACUCACUGCCCUUAUUACAAGCAACGAAAUCCCCACCGAGCUCGUGCUUAUCGGGAGAACAAUCAUUAUUCCAAGAGGAGGGAAACCGUUCAUGGAACAAGAGCUCAAUCUAGGUGCAGAAUAUCAAGAAGAGGAUUUCGAGACGAUUUUCCAAAAGGUUCGCGACAAGACCGAGGAGAUUCUGCUGAUGUACAACUACGACGAUAUCAAACUUGCGCAAAAUUUCGCUAAAGCAAAUGGGCUCAAGACAAAUAUUAAAGUCAUCAGGACGCUGGACCAUCGAUUUACCAUUGGCGUCACUGCCUCGGGCAAUGUGUCCCAAUCUGAUUCCUUCCUCAGGUGCAUUGAGAGGGAAGUCGUGGACAAGAUCGUCACGAGAAAGGCGCAGAUAUAUAAGCAACUGUCCGCACCCCUCAAUAAACCGAAGCCGACAGUAGCACAGAACAAUGAGCCGCGCUAUGAGUUCGAGACGAUGGCCACAUUCGUGGCGUGUAGCGUCCUCGUCUUGCUAGUUGCACUUGGGCUUGUGUUGGAGUUUUGUGGGAAGAGGGAGACAGCUCACGGAAUGCGAGGCGAGCCUCUGACAAAAACGGAAGAAAAUUGGUACAAGGAGAGAUCAUGGUUAUCUUCGAGAGACGUCUAGAGAAAACUGACAAUAGAGAAUCAUACGCUACAAGGGAAAGGCUUAGUAUGUAGGUAGUUUAGGCACCCUAAAAUUGUUAAAUAUUUUCAGUUUAGUUCUAGAUGCACAUCAUUGAAGGGUACGGUGCGUAAACAUAAGAAUAUCGUGAAAUAAAUCAGUAAAAAUACAAAACUUGAAAAAACAAAUUCAAGCUUUAUAGGCCAUACUUAUGGCUGCAACUCAGAGAUUUAUAUAACUUAUUAUCAAGCAAAAACCUUAGAGAACCUCUAACCUCUUUUCUAAUGGCGGACUGUUUAGUAAACCGACUCACAUAAAUCCAUAACGUAUGUCAAUGAGCUGAGUGAAGAUUUAAGUAUUUUGGGGAGUUCUUUGAACUAUAUGAUAAUCGUCUAAGGAGUACAAAGUACAGGGAGACUCGCGCACGUGAUCAAGUGUUUUGGAGUGGCAAAUUAGUGCUCCCCAAAGUUUAGUGGCAAAUUAACUUUUUAGCUCAUUGCCCGAGAAAGGGUAUAACUUUCCACUAGUAAAUAUUUAGUAGCGCGUUUUGUGACAUACAGUUAUGGUAAGGUCGAGUAUUAUCAAUAUUCACGUCACUAACUAAACUAACGCUGUAUCCAUCAAGUAAAAGAUUGUAUAAGAUUGUUAUUGUUAAUGGUAGGGAACGUUUCAGUAGAAUGUUUUAAUUUAUCGAUCAAUAUUUGGCAACAAAUAUAUUGAAUUCUUACUGUAUAAUGGUACUGUAUGCUGAAAAUUUAUUGCUACCUUUUCUUGAAGGCUUCAUAUAUAAUCUAGCAUGAUUGCCACAUUUUAAAAAACAUACCUUCUACGCUAUGUUCAACUAGAAGGUCUUUACGCCUGAGUGUCUCAGCUGUAAGGACACUAGACCAGGUAGAUAAGCCUCUAACUCAUCAACGCCAUUACUCGUCACGUGACUGCACAUACUCAGGUCCAGGUGGGUCAGGCGGCUGCUGUGCUUGGCAAGAUGGAAGACACUGAGAUCUGAGACACCGUCACACUUGGAGGCAUCCAAGGUUUGCAGUUGGGACAGGCCUUGGGCUAUUGCUAUCACUCCAGUAUCUGUCACUAGACUACAGCCAUUAAAUGAUAACUCCCUUAAGGAGCGAAGGUGUCUAGAGACAUUCACCAGAGUGGCAUCUGUUACCUGUAAACAAUAAAAGAUGAUUUUAGCAAGCUAAA